AUGUCAUACCAGUGUCCGUCGUGCGGCAAAAGCAACUUCCAAGAUCAUAGCGCUGUUGCUCGACACAUGAGCCAGCCCCGCUCUGGCUGUAACAGUUGGCUAGAGGAUCUCAUAAACUUAUGUUCUGCAUCCGUUCGUGCCACCUCCAUGGAUAUGGACCAUGAACCAAAUAUUCCCGACUUGAACUUAGACGUUGACCCCGAGCUUGAUGGGCCUGUAUUUGGACAUCCAAGUUGGGAUGAGGAAUUUCAAGGUGAUAGUGGUGAGGGUGAUAGUCAGGUCAACGAGCUAACCGACUCAGGCUUCAUAGACUGGUAUCCCGAACCCCCUCAAACAUACAGCAGGGGCUAUACAUUCCUCGAUCUGUUUCAUUCUGAUGAGAACAGUGUGUACCGUGUCACAAAUCAUUAUUAUCCGUUGAGUGGCCGGAAAGAGUGGGAGGUUGCAUCGUGGUUACUAUGUUCAGGGUUGGCAAAGAUCGACAGCUUUCUUUCACUUGAGAUGAUAAAAAGUCUUCCGUUAUCAUUUUCGUCAGCCAAGGAACUACGUAGUCGAGCCGAAACACUACCCAGCGGACCACGCUGGUUGUCCCAAGUCAUCCCUACAGUACAUCCAACAAAAUCGCCUGUCAUUUUGUAUUGGUGUGAUCCCCUGGAGUGCAUCGCGAGUAUUUUAAAUCACCCUUUCUUUCACGAUCGGAUAGAUUUUACGCCUCGCAGGGUGUAUACUACAGCGCAGCGAUUGUGUCGCGUGUACUCUGAAUGGAUGACUGCUGACGAUGCAUGGAACAUGCAGUCAGCCCUGCCAAGAGGUGCAACACUCCUUGGGACAAUUUUGUCAUCUGACAAGACCAAUAUCUCCAUGAUGAUGGGUGACAGAGUCGCACAUCCCCUCCUCAUCAGCCUCGCUAACAUACACAUGUCCACGCAGCUCAAAUCAUCAUCUAACACUUUCGUUCUUACCGCCCUCCUCCUGAAAAAAUGUAUGCAAGGUGUACUCGAAGAUCGCCUAAUCCACAAAUGCUUGAAUAUCGUGCUACGUCCUCUCAAGCAGGCUGCUCGUGAAGGAGUCAUGUUGUCUGAUCCUCUGCGUGUCAUCCGGACAAGGGCUGAUCCGAACGAUAUCGAAGCAUUCUUUCGUGAAGCCCAGAGGUUUCGCUUAAAUGGCGUAUCUGAACCAUUCUUCGAGGAUUGGGUGCUUUCUGAACCAUCUCAUUUCCUUACUCCUGAGACACUCCAUCACAUUCAUCGAGAGUUCUAUGACCACGAUGUGAAGUGGCUCGUUUGUGCAGUGGGGGACGCUGAACUUGACUUUCGCUUUUCUGUGCUACAGCCCGUCACAGGGUUUCGCCAUUUUCACGGCGGCAUUACAAAGCUCAAACAAGUUACAGGGCAUGCUCAGUGCGACAUCCAGCGCUCAAUCAUUGCAGUUAGUGCAGAUGUGGUUCCUAGCGCCGUGAUCACUGCCAUUCGAGCUCUAAUGGACUUUCGUUAUCUCGUGCAGUCACCUCGUAUUGACGAUGUCGAUCUCAAGCGCAUUUCUGCAGCUCUCAAAGUGUUUCACGCCAACAAAGACUCAAUUUUAGCUGGUGGAUUUCGGCGUGGUCAGUGUAGUGCAAUUGAGCUUAUGCAGAGCAUAGUUCCGAGUAUCCGAAACAGUGGAGUUAUCAUGCAAUGGACCGCUGACACUACAGAACAUGCACACAUCACCAAAAUCAAGGAUCUCGCACACUCGAGCAACAACCACGACUAUGAUUCACAGAUCUGCUCGAAGCAGCAGGUUGACACAGAUCAUGGUGAUGCUGUUAAUGAUGACGUUGAUUUUGAUGUCGACGACAAUCAUGACAUCCCAGCAGAGCUUCUUGCAACCAUUGGAUGUCCUGGCCAUUCACGCCCCAUCACCAAUCACUUUGCAAUUGCAAAGCUCCUCCAGUACAGAGAGGUGGGGACAGUCCCUGUGCCAUUGCGCUCGUUCUCUGUCAGACGCACAUCAUUUCAUCUCGCCUAUGCCCCAUCCAUCAGAAACAUUUCUGUUGACGACGCUGCUCUCAAAUUUGGCCUUCCCGACCUACGACCAGCCAUCACUGACUUUCUCGGUCGUGAAGCUGUGCAUGGGCAGGAUUUUGUUCACACCAUUGGGGGGGCUAGGAGAGCUAGACCUACUGCUCCACUUUCAUUCGAAAAGCUCCAAGUCUGGUUCAAGUUUCGAUUGCAGGAUACUGAUUUUCAUGACGUUAGUAUCAUACGGCUUGCCCAGACCCUGAAUUGUUCACCACCUUCUGACAUCUGGACCUGCAGCCGGUAUGAUCCGGUCAUCAUUAACAACGAUGCGAAAUGCGCAUGGCCCAUUGAUGGUCUUCGUGGGCACACUGUUGGUGAAAUAAGGCUUAUUAUGCAUCCUGUUGGCAAGGCUGGUACAAAUUGGUCAUGGAAGGACUGUUUCCUUGCCUAUGUUUAUCACUUUGACUUCGUUCCGCAAGGUAGAAGUGAUCGUGAGCUGAGUAUGCAACUGCAUGUACUCAAACAAGCGAUGCGCUCAAAUGAUACUCGGGUAGGUGAUAUCGUACCAGUCACGCAGCUUAGGGCACCUGUCAACCUUGUACCUCGUUUUGGUGCAAGCGUGGACCAUUGUCUCACCCCAUAUAACAGUAUGGAACAUUCUUCAGAAUUCUGGCUUAAUAAAUACUGGGAUAAAAACACAUUCCUCCCACUUUCCAUGUACUAG